GACCCCAAUCCCAUCUCCCCUCACUUUCUCCGAAGUCUGAAGUUCACUCCAGAGGCAGAGCCUCUCCCUCUCACUCCCUCACACUCACAAAUCUGCCACUGCCCACCGCUACCGUACGGUUGCUUCCACGUCGCCGGCUCCUCUGCGUCUCGUCCCGGCUCCUGUGCAUCUUCGGCACUUCAUCGUCGCCUGCGUCUGUGGCUCGCCUUCACUGUGUCGUCUAGUCUCCUUGCUCCUGUGCCGCUGUGCGUCUCUUGUCGCUGUCCCCGUCGUCGUCGCGUCCUCAUCCUGCGGGGAUCGCGUCUUUUCUGCCUCCCCUCGCUAGUCUCUGCACCGCCGAGCUUGGUCUCCCUCUUCUCCCCCCGCAUUCUGCCUUCACAUAAUCAGUGAUGAGCAUGCACUCCAAGGUCAUUCUAAUGGUGUUGGGAACAACCCCAAUCCUUAGGGCGCACACGUGCAGUAGCUAGAGCCACACCCACACCCACACUGUCUUUGUUCUCCGUUGACCGGCAGCGCCAACGUCGUCUUCUCCAGAAUAUGGAGGCAAAUAUGACAACACCCCAUGAUGGUGAGGAUGAAGAAGAGUAUGUUUUGCUUGACUUGGAUGCUGUCUCUAACAUAGUUAACAUUCCACCAAAUGCUAAAUAUAUUCUCACUGGCCUUGAUACAUCAAACCCCGUAUUGAUCAUUGAUGACAAGUUGAAGCUGAUUGGGGAGUAUGAAGAAACAAUCGGCACAUGUAUAGCCUUCACAGAACAAGAUAACCCCGUGGUUCAUGAAGAAUCUGGACCAUCUGAUGCGAACCUUUUCUCUGCAACAAGAAUAAUCGAUUCAAAUCAGCCUCCAACAAAGGAAGUGAAACCUCUAUGCCAGCUUCAUAAGGUUCUCAAGUUUAAAGUCUCACCUGAUUCUGAAAUUCAAAGUGCAACAACUAAGGAUGCCAAAUGAAUUUAAAUCGUAUUGCAAUAUUCAGUUUCCCUAUCAUUUUCUCAUAUCUACAAAGAUUAUUAAACUGGUUGAAUUAAUGGCAGUUGCAUGUAAUUGGGAGAACAAAAAGAAAAAAAAUGGUGAGGUUUGUAUUGCACUGUACAGUACUACAGUAGUAGGCUUUAGAAGCCUUUGAUUUCCUCCUAGAUAUGUACAAAAGAAGUUUUAAAAAAAAAUUAGUGUACUCUUUAAUUUAAUUCGA